UCCCAUCCAUGCUUGGCGUUGCUUCACCCCUUCGCCCGCCUUUGUGCCCCGCGGUCAUCCUAAUGCUCUUUCUGCUUCCGAAGUCAGCUUCCGCUCUCACCUUGCAGAACGCCACCAAGUUUCUCCUGAUUAGCCUUGCGAGCUCUUAUGUGAGGUAUCUCUUUCUGUAGCUGCAGUGUUACCCCCUUAGCGUCUUCUCGUUACCGAUAGUCUUCUACACGGAAGCGAUGAAUAUGGCGUCUCGAGCGGCCAUGCGCACCGCCUCGCUGCUUUUGGGGCUGACGUGUCUCUGCCGUCUGAUUACCGCUGAACCGGUGGCGAGCACGAGCCGCGGCAUCUUCUACGCCUUCGCUGACGGCCAGGUGGUGCUAAUUGACCCAACGUUGGGCAGUCCGCUAUCGUCGCUGCGCGCGUUCAAGGGUCCGACCGGCCACGUGCCCUUCCCCAAUAAGUGCCCGGCGCACCCCUUCAGGGGCGAGUGGCGCAGCGUGGCGUUUGGCCCGGCGCAGCGCACGCUGCUGGCCGCCGCGAGCUACGGCACCACGGGCGCGCUUCGCCUGCCGCAACUCACGGACGCGCUGCACGUGUUCGACGCGGUAGCGGCGGACGUCACGGCGCGAGUGUCGCUGAACAGCACGCCAGACAGCGUCUACUUCGUCCCCCUCGCUAACGAGGUGUGGGUGCACUCGUCCGACGUGGCGGACCGCUACUCGUUCUCCAUUCUGUCGGCGCAGCCGCCAUUCGCGGAGGCGCAUCGCGACGGCAUCAACACCCUGCUCCCGGAGGGGCGCGCGCGGCUGCUGCAAUCCCCCAAUCUGGGCACGCGCGCCUUCCUAACCACCUCGGGAUCGGCGGGCGUGUACACAGUCGACCUCGCGCGCCCCUCCACCGCGCCCGCGCUCUUCCUCUCCUUCGCGGAAGCCGCCGCCGUCAACAAGCUCGCCUGCCCCGGCGCGCUCUCCAGCGCGUAUGCGCGCGUGCUGCGCCAAGCCUUCGUCUCCUGCGCGCUUCCCCCGUCCCCCAUUUCCCCUGCGGAUGGCGGAAUCGGGAUCGGCGUGAGCGGAGCGGGCGCGGGCGCAAGCAGGAAGGCGGCGAGCGCAGCGGGGGGACUGAGGGAGGCGGGGAAACUGGCGACGGUGCAGAUCGACGCGCGGACGAACUCGAUCGUGGCCGUCUGGCCGUUCGCUGGCGAGCUGUACAUGGCGCCUGACGAGAGCUUCCUCUUCGUGCUGGAUGCGACAAACAAGGCCAUCCACCUGCUGCAGCUGAGUGCCAUCCAGCCGCCGCCCUCGCAGCCCAACGGGCAGCCGCAGCCCACGCCGCGGCCGCGCCCCAACGCGACGGCGUGGCAGGCGCUGACGUUCAACGUGGACUACACGCCACUGAGAAUGGUGUUCACGCCUAAGCCGCCGCACUACCUGGUGUACAUAAGCGUGGCGGAGGGCGGGGUGAUCGGGCGGUUGGACAUGCAGCAGCUGAUGCAGUGCGGCAGCGGGUGCUCGCAGGGCAACAUGGCGUCCUUCGUGCAGUUCGAGCAGCAGAUGGGCGAGCAUUCCCCCCCAAGAGGCGGCCUUGUGCUAUCGCGGCCGGUGGCAGCAGGAGGGGGCUAUGUGUGCCAGGCGGCAGCAUACGAGCGCAGCAUUGUGUGUCUGGAGGAAGCUACUGGGAAGAAGACCCCCUAUGCCAACAUCAGCGAUGUGCAACACCUGAUAUUUGUCCCUGGUGACUAUACUGGAGCCCCCACCCUAACAGCAUUGGACACCAACCUAGAUUGCGCCACGGUGCCUAGGGACAUCAGUGUUCCGCCUGCUUCGUCUCCUCCCCCCUCUGCACAGCCCAAGGCAGCAAUGAGCAAUCACAUUAUUGGUUUCGCUUGGCAAAUACUAGCGAUGUUAAGCAUUCUAGCUGCUGUUGUUUAGCACUGGUUGUAGUUUAUGCAUAUUUGUGGUAGGAUAAGAAAUCCUAUGUGCUUGUCAUUUCAAUAAUAUGCCGGUAGUCUGGCAUCUUAUGA